CAUGGACACAGAUAGCCCGAUAGUCUUCGUUGUCUGUAAAGAGAGAGGCGAGGGCCUUUCACAGAUCAUGAGCCAUUGCGGUUUUGGAGAGAACCAUGCUCGAGAGGUCCUCGGUUAUGGUGCCAUAGAUCCAAGAUUGGAGGAGGUAAUCCGCGCGUUGCCACUCAUCGGCAGAGAUGUUGACGGGCUUUUCUUUGCCGAGAAGGAGAUCGGAGAGACAGAAGCGGCCUGCGGUGAUGGUGAAGAAGUGGCUCCACUUUUGAUAAUUCGGAUUUUUAAUAUCCAAUGUCACAGGAUUAAGGGCUUUGAUGUUAGAUAUAGCCUGAGCAAGAUGAAACGGGUUGGAAAUCAUGGUCGGUGUUGGUAUUUCGUUGGUCAUGGUGGAUGAAGAGAAGAAGAAAGAACGAGAAAGACGAGAAAAAAAAAAUUAAAGAAGAAGAGAAACGGCGGCUUAGGGUUUCUGGCUUGAUACCAUGAUAGAAGGUAAAUAUUUUGAGAGAAGAGAGAAUAAAUAUCUCUCACGUUUAUUGUGAUAUAUAUAUUACAUGUGUGAAAACCCUAACCCUU